AUGGAGGGUCAACAGCCUCAGCCCCCAGCGAGUGGGAACUCCUCCGACUUUGUGCGCAAGCUAUACAAAAUGUUGGAGGAUCCUUCCUACGCGUCGAUCGUACGCUGGGGUGAUGAGGGGGACAGUUUUGUCGUCUUGGAGUGCGAGAAAUUCACCAAGACCAUCCUGCCCAAACACUUCAAGCAUAGCAACUUCGCCAGCUUUGUGCGCCAACUGAACAAAUACGAUUUUCACAAAGUUCGCCAAAAUAACGAAGAGAACGGCCAGUCACCGUACGGCCAAAAUGCCUGGGAAUUCAAACACCCCGAGUUUCGUGCCAACAGCAAGGACUCUCUCGACAACAUCCGUCGUAAAGCCCCGGCUCCUCGCAAGCAAACCCAGAACAAUGACGACUCCGCCCCGACUCAACAGAUCGACCUACUCAACCAACAGAUUCUCGCACAGCAACAACAGAUCCAACACCUCUCGGAUCGUUAUGCGCAGCUUACGGUGGACCAUCAACUGAUGCUACAGGAGGUCAUGCGGGUACAGAAAACAGUGUUGAACCACGAGAACGUGAUCCACCAAGUGAUGAACUACUUGCUUACGGUGGAUGCGCGUCAAAGACGGGAUAGCAAGGCUGUUACAUUCCAAGCGCAGGGUUCAACAAUGAGUCCGUCUCAAGUUGGUGCUGUGGACGACGAGCCCUCAUCGCCUCUCCAACAGGCCUCGAAACUCUUGAGUGAUAUGAAUGCGGAGAUCCAAUUCAACCUUUCUGGCGUGGAUGCGAAUGACCCCCAGAAGGCCGCUGCCGCUGCCGCUGCUGCCGCCGCCGCCGGUGUCGCCCCAGUGGCCACCCCGGCAAUGGAUGUUGCUCGCAAUGGAGCUGUUCGCCCACCCACCACCGGCGCUCCUACCCCGAUGGUAUACCAAAAUAAGAUUUCUGGUGAUCUGGAGCAGGUCGUUUAUCCUGUUGGUGCAACAAAUGGAAUCGACCCUAUGUAUAGUGAACAUGUCAACAAUUCCGCCGGCAAUAUCCCCCCCGAUAACCGAAAGAAAAGCACCAACGUCGAUCCUGGCUGGGUUCGUAGUCCACAGAUUCUUUUGGUUGAAGAUGAUGCGACUUGCCGGCAAAUUGGUGGAAAGUUUCUUUUCUCUUUCAAUUGUGUUAUUGACACCGCGUUGGAUGGUUUGGAGGCCGUGAACAAGAUCCAAGAUGGCCAGAAGUACGAUCUCAUCCUUAUGGAUAUCAUCAUGCCCAAUUUGGAUGGUGUCUCUGCUUGCCACCUUAUCCGACAAUUCGACAGGACUCCUAUUAUCGCCAUGACCUCUAAUAUCCGAAGUGAUGAUAUCCAGCUUUACUUCCAACACGGCAUGGAUGAUGUUCUACCGAAACCAUUCACUCGAAAGAGCUUGCUCGGUAUGCUCGAGAAGCAUCUCGUGCAUCUCAAGACCAUGUCCCAGGGAGUUGAGGCUCCCCAGCCUCCCCCGGUUACCAUGGCUCCCCAACCUUCCGCGACCCAGUCAAUCAAGGAGGAUAGCUCCCCUGGUCAAUCCCCUGCCGGCUCUAUAAACAACUGGCAAUCACCCGGACAAUUCCAGGGCAUGCAGACCGUUCCACCAACCAUGCCGACGGUGCAAGGGCAGUAUGUGGCUGCAGCUGGCGCUGCGCCACCUGCCGCCGCAUAUACUGUUGAUCAAAACGGAGUCCAAUACCCUGCACCUGCAGUUGCGGUGCCUUCAUCUGGCCCUCCAACUCGCCCACCCCAUCGAAGACAAAUGUCCGACAUGUCUAGUGCCACCGACAGCCAAAACAUGGCUAAGCGCCAACGCAUGUACGCCCCACCGCAGCAACCUAUGAUGGCCGUGCAAGCCGGACGGCCUGGUUAA